UUUUCAGAAAAAGCAGAAAUAAACUGAGAUCAGUGUCCUGCUUUGGUGUGAGAUCUCAUCUGCUUACUCAACUUCAGAAUAGCAAAAAAGUUUAAUUCUGGAUCUGUUACUCGUCCAAUAAUGACUGGGAACCGUCGAGCUGCCCCCCCUGCACCGGGCACCCCCGCUCCAACAACCCACUUGCCAAAUGAAACAACCAACCCCGGCCAUUCUGGAGGCCACAGUCCCAACAAGUUCAUGAGUGAACUGCACAGCGUCCACAUGCCAUCAUGGGCAGUUGCUGCCCUUUGCAUCGUAAGCUUGUGCGUGGUGUUGUCAUGUGCAGUGUGUGUGUGGAAGAAGUGCUUGAAAAAGAAGGACAAGGACAAAGAAAAGGACAAGAAAAAGGGAAAAGAGAAGAGCAACGGAGGCAUUGACACUGAAAUGGAUGGAGGUUACAGCGAGCCGCUGAAAGACGAAGGUAACAAAGAAACCGAGCUGUCAGAUAAUGAUCCCAAGGAGGAGGAGAAGCUGGGCAGGCUCCAUUACACAUUAGACUACAACUUCACAGACAACACACUGAUAGUCGGCAUCUUGCAGGCUGCUGAUCUUCCUGCCAUGGAUGUGGGAGGUAGUUCUGACCCUUAUGUUAAAGUCUUUCUGCUCCCAGACAAAAAGAAAAAGUUUGAAACCAAAGUGCACAGGAAGACCCUUGAACCGAACUUCAAUGAGACGUUUACAUUUAAGGUACCGUACACGGAGCUGGGCGGGAAAACACUGAUGAUGACUGUGUACGAUUUCGACCGUUUCUCAAAACACGACGCCAUUGGAGCUGUGAAGAUACUGAUGAGCAGUGUGGACUUCAGCCAGUCUCUGCAGGAGUGGAGGGAUCUGCAGAAGGCAGAGAAGGAGGAGAGUGAGCGACUUGGAGACAUAUGUUUGUCCUUGAGGUAUGUGCCUACAGCAGGGAAGCUGACGGUGGUGAUUUUGGAGGCCAAAAACCUGAAGAAAAUGGACGUGGGUGGAUUAUCAGACCCGUACGCAAAGAUCCACUUAAUGCAGAAUGGAAAAAGACUCAAGAAAAAGAAAACAACAACAAAGAAGCACACCUUAAACCCUUACUUUAAUGAGUCUUUUAGCUUUGAAGUGACAUGUGAACAGAUGGAGAAGGUGCAGAUAGCAGUGACUGUGUUGGACUAUGAUAAGAUCGGGAAGAAUGACGCCAUCGGCAAAGUGCUGCUGGGCAGUAACAGCACUGGGACUGAGCAGCGCCACUGGGAAGACAUGGUGGCAAAUCCUCGGAGGCCAAUAGCACAAUGGCAUAGUCUCAAACCAGAGGAUGAAGUCAACGCUCUCAUUUCAAACAAGAAAUGAAACUGUCACCUAGUAUGUUUUGACCUUGCAGCAUUUAACUACAUUAAUUCAAAUGUAUGUUCCUCCCCUUAUUGCAAUAAAAACUCUUUGGGAUUCAUUUAACUAUGUAAAUCUACCCAAUCAUAUCCUGUUUUACCCAUGACACUAUCUAAGUCACUGUUAUUACAUGUAAUCUGUAAUCUUUCUUCUGCAAAUACCUCCUCCUAACUACAAACAGUAUUAAGGACAAAUGUAUAACUAUGUAAAGUGCUAUUAAACCAUGAAUUUUUUUAA